AAGCCCGUUUCUGUCACUGUGGUAAAAAAAAAUCCCAUUGUAUUGAGAUACUCAUCAUGCAUUAUCUCACUGUAAUACCUCAAUAUAACAAGAUGCCUCUUCUUUCAUAAAAAUCCUUUAACUGUUUACAGUACAAAAAGGUAAAGUAAAGCAGAACCUGUUUGUGAAAAUACUAUUUCACUGGCAAUCUCCUCAGCUCAAACACACUAUGAGAGAAGUCCUCCUGUCUCAUUAAACACUAAACUGGGUAUAUAUGAAAAUUAAAUUAAAAGAUUAUUUACAUAAAAUUGUAACCAUAUGAGUUUCAAAAUACCAUUCAUAAUUUCAAAGUAUAUUCCUUUUCUUCCACCUACCACACAUGUUGUCAGGGUUAACCAGGCAAUCUUUUCACAUAUAGGGAUUUUUAUUCCUCCUAAUAAAAUUACAAUUUAAUUUAUUAACAUCCUUAAUGACCUUGGUCGAUGCAGAAAGAAAAUAGGCCGCGAAGACAAAUCUGAAGAGACUCUAAUAUCCUAACAAAAAUUGAGCUGUCUGUCUAUUUAGAAUCAACUUACAUUUGUCAUUCAUUCCAAGCAUUCUUCUUUGUUAUCACCAUACAAGUAUUUUAGUUGAUAAUCUUCAGGGAAAACAGCUCACAUUUAUUUAAGUUUAGUUGAAGUCCAGAGUUUGAAGAGCUAAAGGGAUUUAAUCUCGACUUAUCAAGAGAAGGAUUGUAUCAUCCGCCAAGUGACUAUUAUUACUGCCUUGCUUAUUACAUCAAUUCCAGCCAUUCCACUGUUUUCAAUUAGAAUGGACAGCGUCUCUUCAACCAUUACAAAUAACUAUGGUGGACUUCUACAACAUUGACAGAUUCUUUAAUGAAUGUUUAAUCUGAUAUCUGUUCCAUGAUUUAGGUCUACAGAGCAUAUAGCAUCUUAGUAAAAUUUCUGAAUGUUUGUGCAAAUCCUAAAUGAGUAUGUAUGUAUAUCUAACAAAAUUGCAGCUCUGGAGUUUUGCAUUGUGCUGUGGAUAAUGAUGCAUACGGGUGAGAGUUGUUUCUUUUAUGUAAAUCAUUUGGUUAUGAAGCAUAGAUACGAUGAACUCAAGUUGCAAAUCUUGUCCGUAGUUUCAAUUCAAAUAUUUUCUUGGAGCCUGCUGCUGCAACAUGUUUUGCAUACCAAAAGACAAAUAGUCAUAAAGCACACAGAAGGGUUGUCAUUUUCCCAGACUGCUCUGAGAAAGCCGGCGUUUUCUUCUGCAGUCAACAGUGUCGACUCACAAUGGAGAGGAUCCUGCUAGUCUUGUUUCUUUCAGCCUGCCCCGUCCUCUCCAGCAGCCUUCCCCGUCAGUACCACUUUGUUGAUCUAUCUCUGACUUGGACUGAAGCUCUGGCCUACUGCAGACAGACUUAUACAGACAUCGUCACAAUCCAGGACUCUGAAGAACUGACCCGGCUCAUGGACACGCUUUUAUCUGCUAGGCACAGCUCUGACACCUGGAUUGGUCUCUACAGUCUAAUCCACUGGUGGUGGUCUGAUGACUUCAUAGGGGCCGGUGCUAAUUACAGCAAUUGGGAAAUCUUUUUUAAUGAGCCCAAUUUUAUUGGAGCCAGUCAGUUCUGUGUGUCUAUUGGCAGCACUGGAUUGUGGUGGGAUGAUUACUGUGAGAUAAAUUACUCAGUUCUCUGUUACAAUGGCACACAGCUGGAACCUGAAUAUGUUUAUGUGGACAAAAAAAUGAAUUGGUCCAGUGCCCAGAUGUACUGCAGGGAGAACUUCGUAGAUCUGGCUACAGUAAGCAGUGAUCUACAGAAUCGCAUGGUCAAGGAAUUGGUGCCUUUUGGAGCCUACUUGUGGAUUGGCCUCUUUAGAUUUCCAAACUUUUUCUGGUCUGAUGGCAGCAGCGUCUUGUUCAGCAACUGGGAUGAUGCCGACAAUCCAAUUAACUCAAUGACUAUGAUCUGUGGCAUAACAUCUGGAGACAGUAAAGGAAGAUGGAGGUUUUUGUCCUGUGAAACAAAAUUACCUGUUGUCUGCUACUAUGACCCCCCACUGACAAAGCAGAGGGUGAAGCUGAGACUGAAGACUGAGGACUCUGUGAAUCUCAACGAGGCCGUUCUGAAAGAGAGCAUCCUUAAAAUGCUCCAGGACAGGCUGAAGGAGAACGGAGGGAAUGAGGUCACCCUAAAGUGGAGAGAGCAGCCUGAUGGUGAAGUCUUCAAGAAAGAAGGACAAGCAGUGAACUCUUUUCUUUAAGAUAUAAACCCUAGAUUUAUUGUUUGUUGCCAGAUUUUAACACAGGAAAAUGUUUACUAAAUUAAGACAUAAUUAUUAUUUUUUAAAUGCCAACAUCCGUUUGUCUACACCAUCCAUUUGAUCCUAGUCAUAUAAGAAAACACAUUGGUAAAAUAUAUUUUAUGCAGAUACAGUGUAAACUAAAGCAACAGCAUGACAAACUAAAACAAAUUUAAGAUCUAAGUAUAUAUUUACAGAUGCAUUUAAGAGUCUAAAAAGGUUGCAAAUUUCUGAUAUACAGUAAAUGUAUCUGAUAUGCACAACAUGCGUUUUAUGGCUUGAACUUUUUAGGAGUUAAUCAUCUCCAUUCUUUUAUAAGCUUCAAAAUCUGUGAUUACAAACGAUGAGGCUGACUCUACAGUGUGUCAUCCAUCAUAUGGAAGACAUAAAAGAGACUAUUUUUCAGAACCACAGAUAAAUUGACAUGUACUGCUUAGACUGUGGACGAUAUGGAGAUAUGAAUGUUAAGUGUGACAAAUUAAUUCUGUUUUAUUUGAAAAAUAGCACUAGUGCUGUAGGUGAAACGCAAAACAGUGAUGGAACAUAAUCUGUAAUAAAUCCUGCUAGACCUUCAUAAAUAGAUGUUGACAUAUUUUUCUCUGCAGGUGUUCUGUAUCAGUUUGUUUAAACCAAAACCUUUAUUUCUCUUGUAUUCCUAUGUUUAGUCUGUGAUUAGGUCACUGAUUUAUUUCAAUAAAGUAAUCAUUUGUACAAUAAAA